UGUAUCAGGUUCGAUUCUUUCUCUUCAAUUUUCUUGAUUUACGAUCACUCAUCUUAAAUCUUCAUAAUAUCCCAUUUAAAUGCUUUCAUUAUCUUCAACUGUUGUUCCAUAAUUGAUAGAAGGUCCAGAUGGAACUAGACCCGAAGUUACUCAAUGUGGGUGUCCUCCUCAUCGCCACUCUCAUCGCCGCCAAAUUCAUUUCCGUCUUCUUAAUCCCCAGAUCGCGUAAACGUUUGCCGCCGGUCGUCAAAUCAUGGCCCUUUCUCGGUGGGCUUUUCCGGUUCUUGAAAGGACCCGUCAUCAUGCUCAAACAGGAAUACCCUAAACUCGGAAGCGUCUUCACCCUCCAUCUCUUGAACAAAAACAUCACUUUCUUGAUCGGACCUCAGGUUUCAUCCCAUUUCUUUAAAGCUUCUGAAUCGGAUCUCAGCCAACAAGAAGUCUACCAGUUUAAUGUCCCAACUUUUGGCCCUGGCGUUGUGUUCGAUGUCGAUUAUUCAAUCAGACAGGAGCAAUUUAGGUUCUUUACUGAGGCUCUUAGGGUUAAUAAACUCAAAGGUUAUGUAGAUCAGAUGGUUUAUGAAGCUGAGGAGUAUUUCUCUAAAUGGGGUGAAUCUGGUGAAGUGGAUCUAAAAUAUGAACUUGAACGUCUUAUAAUCCUUACAGCCAGUGGAUGCUUAUUAGGUGAAGAGGUUCGUAACAAGCUUUUUGAUGAUGUUUCUGCUCUUUUUCAUGAUCUUGAUAAUGGGAUGCAACCCAUUAGUGUUAUAUUCCCAUAUCUGCCCAUCCCGGCUCACCGUCGUCGAGACCAAGCUCGCAAACGCCUUGCGGAAAUCUUUUCGACCAUUAUAUCUUCCCGUAAACAAAGUGGGAAGUCGGAGAAUGAUAUGUUGCAGUGUUUUAUUGAAUCCAAGUACAAAAACGGUCGACCCACCACUGAUUCGGAGAUCACUGGCCUUCUGAUUGCUGCCCUUUUUGCCGGGCAGCAUACGAGUUCGAUCACAUCAACUUGGACUGGUGCUUACCUUCUCUGCAACCAAAAACACAUGGCUGCUGUUGUUGAUGAGCAAAGAGAUCUUUUGAAAAAGCAUGGAAACAAGGUCGAUCACGAUAUCUUAUCAGAGAUGAAUGUGUUAUAUAGAUGCAUAAAGGAAGCACUGAGGCUUCACCCUCCUCUAAUCAUGCUUCUUCGUAGCUCGCAUAGUGAUUUCACUGUGACAACAAAAGAAGGGAAAGAAUAUGACAUACCCAAGGGCCACAUAGUCGCCACAUCUCCUACUUUUGCGAAUCGGCUGCCAGAUGUCUAUAAAGAUCCAGACACAUAUGACCCGGAUAGAUUUGGACCUGGUAGAGAUGAAGAUAAGGCGGCAGGGGCGUUUUCAUAUAUAUCUUUUGGUGGUGGAAGACAUGGUUGUUUAGGAGAACCCUUUGCUUAUCUGCAAAUCAAAGCAAUAUGGAGCCAUUUGUUGAGGAACUUUGAGUUAGAAUUGGUGUCUCCAUUUCCAGAGACUGAUUGGAAUGCCAUGGUGGUUGGUGUCAAGGGGAAGGUUAUGGUUCGUUAUAAACGGAAGGUGCUUCCUCUAAGCUAACCCAAAAAUGGAUUAAAUGUUCAUAAUUUUUAGCACCCAUCCUCCUGGUUUCUUUUCCCUAAUUGCAGUGUGCUAAGGCUGUUCAUUAAUUUAUGCAUCUUUUAAGAUUCUUGAUGAUUCCAAUUGAGGUUUUGGUUUCCUUCUGUUAAUGGGAAUGUUAAACGUUGUGGUUUAAUU